AUGUCUGAAAUUGAACAGGUAUUUUUUGAUAUCAGUAUUGAAGAACAGAAGAUAGGUCGUAUUGUUUUCGAGCUUUUUAAAUCGGAAGCACCACUCGCAACUGAUAACUUCCUUCACCUAUGUAAAGGUGACUUUACCAAGACAAUAAAUGGCCAGGUUAAACAAUUAACAUACAAAAACAAUUUCUUUCAUCGUAUAGUGAAAACUUUUAUGAUUCAAGCUGGUGACAUCAUAUACGGUUCAGAAAAGUUUGAGAAAUCGGAUGAAAUUGGUAAAGGUGGUUGUUCUAUAUACGCAACAGACGAUGAGAUAGCAAAACCUGUUGAUUUACCAUGUUACGGUAAAUUCAAGGACGAAAAUCUAGGUGAAUUUACCGACCCCUUCUAUCUUGCAAUGGUUACUACUGGGGAAUCUGAUUCUAAUACAUCUCAAUUUUUCAUUAUGACAGGUACCGCUCCACAUCUAAAUAACAAGCAUACGAUCUUCGGGAAAGUCAUCCAUGGUAAGUCUGUUGUUCGUACUGUUGAACAUGCUAAUGUGGAUUCAGAUGGGUUCCCUGAAAAAUGUGUAAGAAUAACUGACUGUGGUGAAUGGAAUAGUACUAUGCCAAUUCCUCUUUAUAACGCCUCAAACAACCAAAUUGGCGGUGACAUAUAUGAAGAAUACCCAGACGAUGACAAAACUUUUGACCCAGAAGACUUCAAUAAGGCAUAUGAAGCUGCAUUUACUAUUAAAGAAUCAGGAUCUCAACUAUUCAGAUUGAAAGACUUCCAAAAUUCAUUUUUCAAGUAUAAAAAGUCUUUGAACUAUAUAAAUAUGUUCAUUCCUGAAAAAGAUGUCGAUGAAGAAAAUAACUCCAAAUUUUUGGAAUUGAAAAUUAAAGUGUACUUAAACCUAUCACUUUUAUCUUUCAAUUUAAAAAAUGUCGAUGAUUGCAUAACAUACAGCAAAUACGCUCUUGAGUCUCCAGGGAUCGUCAAUAAGGACAAAGCCAAAGCAUACUAUAGAAUGGGUAAUGCUUAUUUAAACAAAAAAGCUUAUGACGAUGCCCUGAUAAAUUACAAUCUUUGUAAGGAAAACAAUCCUGAUGACAAAGUGAUCGAUGCCAAAAUCGAAAAUGUUGAAAAUAUAAUUGAGCAGAAUAAAGAAAGAACAAAAAAGAACAUUGCAAAAUUCUUUAGUUAA